AUGGAGGAAGCUUAUAUUGUGUGUGAUCAUUUCAAGGAGGGAGAACAGUUGUCUAUUAGGUCUCAAGAAGCUUUAGCAAGGAUUCGUAUCCUAGCCCUUUGGAUAUACCGAAGUCCUCAACAAACUCCUCGCGUCCCAAUCUACUACGAACUCCAUGAUUUACUCGAUGAGGCAUCCGAGCGCAAGGAGAGGUUUCUCGAUCUUGACGAAGAUAUAUCAUUGGCUGUGAAGGAAGGUAUGAAAAAGUAUAAAAAGUACUAUACCUUUAUGAAUGCUUCUGAUACAUACUACACUGCCAUCGUCUUGGAUCCUAGGAUUAAAGGUGAUCUUUUUCUCGACGAACUAGAAGAUGAGACUACUAGGAAGGAGAUCCUUCAAGCUCUCUGUGACAACCUCCACUGUGAUUACCCAGUUCCCAAUAUAGAAUCAAGCUCACCUACAGGGUGGUGUCUAUUGGAUCGCACCACUGAACACAAUGAUGUAGAGUCCCGGUUACUAAACAGGUCACAGCCACGCAAUCAACCUCUGCUUUCUGACAUUGAUCUCUAUCUCAACAACCCCCUGCUAUUCCAGCCUCUGAGGGCUCAGAGCCGUGUAACCCUAUCCGGCCGUAUUGAAAAGUCAUAUCAACAUCAGAUGUCGGAGCUGGAUAGGGGAAGGCGCCUCGCACAGAGAUUUAUGAUAGCGUACUCAAAUCAAGCAGAUUGGCAACGUCACGGUUAG